UCCCAACAGAUGAACAGAUAAUGAUCUCAAUCUCUACUCAUGCUCCUCAGUUCAUUCUGUGUUCCACUUUCCUGAAACUUUGAGCAACCAUGAAGAUCAGACCACUCUGGAUUCUGGCUUUGGUCGUGUCUGUUUCAUUGAUCAUCCAUCUUCAAAAGUCGGCACAAGUUGUUGCAUCUAAUGCUGAUACUGAUACAAGUCGGGAGAUAAGCAUUGAUUGUGGGGUAACUGGAGAAAGUCAGGAUUCAAAUGGAUUUCAUCACGAGGCAGAUGAUGCAGAGUUUGUAGAACCUGGUAAAAUAUACAACGUGUCUUCUGAUGACAUCUAUGCUAAUAGCCAAGAACAGGUUUGGGAGCAAAUGAAAACACUGAGAAGUUUCCCGGAAGGGAUGAGAAACUGCUACACACUCAAACCCAAGAAUGGCAAAGGCAGCAACUAUCUCAUUAGGGUUUACAUGUCAUAUGGAAACUACGACCACGAAAACUCUAUUCCAUACUUCCAUUUACGUCUUGACGUCAAUUUUUGGGAAGAAAUUAAGUUCCAGAAUGUCACUGUUAUUCGACGAAAAACAGUCGUUCAACUCUCCACAACAAACUACAACGAUGUCUGUCUUAUCAACGUUGGUAAAGGAACACCUUUUGUAUCGUUGUUGGAACUUUGGCCUUUGUCAAAUCCUAUAUAUCGAGCCUACUCUAGUUUACUCCCAUUAGGCCUCAUGACGUGUGUUAACCUGGGUAUGACCGAAAAGCUUAAAUUUAUCAGAUAUGCAGAUAUCUAUGGUAGGUCCUGGUUCAAUGGGAAGAUCGACAACUCAAAGCCAAUCUCCAUAUUAGAAGCAAUAGAUGGUGACGUGAAAGAAUACAAACUACCAAUUGGAGUGUUGACAACUGCAGUCCAAGCACAAAAUGAUUCGUCUUCAUUAUAUAUCAACUUGACCUACAUUAAUUUUACAGCAGAUAGCGAGCACUAUGUUUACCUUCUCUUUUUUUUUAUUUCAAGGAGCAUUCUAAUGAUGAAGUAAGAAACAUGGAAGUCACUUUCACUGAUACGAUCCGAAAGCCUGUAAAUCUUGAAUACAUGGAUGUCUAUACCUUGGUUAAGAGAAUUCCAAAACGGGUUAUUCUUAAUCGUAUUUCAAUGACAUCGAUCCCAUGCUCUGGUUUACCCGCCAUGAUCAGUGCCUACGAGAUUUACAGAGCACUACCCCAACGAAAUACCCCAACUCAUGAAG